GCACCCCUCUCUGCUAUAGUUUUGAAUGAAUUUGAUAAAUGUUUUUCUCUUUAAUUCCAAUUAAAGCUGAAUGGGAUAAAACUCAGAACAGGGAUGUUUUGUACCAAUGAGGCCGACCUCAGGUUAUCUGAUCAUAGAUAACUGAGUCCAUGUCUAAUUUAACUAGGAAUUUUGAGUAGAAAUUCAUUCAGAAAACAUUUCCAUAGUGGAAAUGUAUUCUACCAAGUAUUCCUCUUGGUAGAAUUUAUUUUGCUUUUCAUCUGGUGACAUUUAAUGUACAAAGCUAUCUAUUUCUCCCACAUUAUUUGCAAGUAUUUUAUUAUCAUGACUACUAUAUAAAAUUCGAUCUCAAUUUGGGUUCUUGGAAACUAUUAAUUCAAAAUGAGUUUCUGGCAGAAAAUACUGUUAUGUUUCUACCUGAAUAAAAGUGUUGAGGCAUUUUGAUGGUAAUUCUCAUGUACCUGCUGACUUUGGGGGCUUGUUUUUGUCUUGUAGGGUUAAAAACUAGUAUUUAUAUAAGACAGAAGAGAAAGAUGUCAUUCCGUAAAGUAAACAUCAUCGUCCUGGUCCUGGCUGUUGUUCUCUUCUUACUGGUUUUGCACCAUAACUUCCUCGGCCUGAGCAGUUUGCUAAGGAAUGAGGUUUCAGAUUCAGGAAUUGUGGGGUUUCAGCCCAUAGACUUUGUCCCAAAUGUUCCCCAGCAAGCUGUAGACGGGAGACAAGAGGAGAUUCCUGUGGUCAUUGCUGCAUCUGAAGACAGGCUCGGGGGGGCCAUUGCAGCUAUAAACAGCAUUCAGCACAACACUCGCUCCAAUGUGAUGUUCUACAUUGUUACACUCAAUGGUACAGCAGACCAUCUCCGGUCCUGGCUCAGCGGCAGUACCUUGAAAACCAUCAGGUACAAAAUUGUGAAUUUUGACACUAAACUUUUGGAAGGGAAAGUAAAGGAGGAUCCUGACCAGGGGGAAUCCAUAAAACCAUUAACCUUUGCACGGUUCUACUUGCCAAUUCUGGUUCCCAGUGCGAAGAAGGCCAUAUAUAUGGAUGAUGAUGUAAUUGUGCAAGGGGAUAUUCUUGCCCUUUAUAAUACACCAUUGAAGCCAGGACAUGCAGCUGCAUUUUCAGAAGAUUGUGACUCAGCCUCUACCAAAGUUGUCAUCCGUGGAGCAGGGAACCAAUACAAUUACAUCGGCUAUCUUGACUAUAAAAAGGAAAGAAUUCGCAAACUUUCCAUGAAAGCCAGCACCUGCUCAUUUAAUCCUGGAGUUUUUGUUGCAAACUUGACAGAAUGGAAAAAACAAAAUAUAACUAACCAGCUGGAAAAAUGGAUGAAACUCAAUGUAGAAGAGGGGCUGUAUAGCAGAACACUGGCUGGCAGCACCACCACACCUCCUCUGCUGAUUGUAUUUUAUCAACAGCACUCUACCAUCGACCCCAUGUGGAAUGUCCGCCACCUUGGUUCCAGUGCUGGAAAACGAUAUUCACCCCAGUUUGUAAAGGCUGCCAAGUUACUCCAUUGGAAUGGUCACUUUAAGCCAUGGGGAAGAACUGCUUCCUAUUCUGAUGUCUGGGAAAAAUGGUAUAUUCCAGACCCAACAGGCAAAUUCAGCCUGAUCCGAAGACAUAUGGAGAUCUCAAUAUAAAACAAAACGUAAUUUAUACUAGAAGCAUUUCUCAGGAAAUCCUGGAAGACAGUAUGUGUGGGAAGUAACAGUUGCAAGGCUUCAAAGCCUAUCUGCGGCAGCCCACGGAAAAAGGGACAUUUCAGCUGGGUCAGGAGGACAAACUGCCCCAGCUAGCAGUCAGCUAGCUCCCCAGAGAGACUAUACAUGUUCCCAUCUGCCUUACCAAGUGUUUGCUUACUACCGUGCUGAAUGACCGGAGGUAAAAGGACUGACAGGGGUGGUACAGCUAGUUCAACACUGCGGCUUGGUUUUAAUUUUGUGACCUUAACCUGUGGUCUGAUCUGUUAAUAAAGUGAAACCUACAUUUUUCAAUA